AUGAUUCACCUUGCUUCACCUUUGGUCACUUCUCCUCCAGCGACGUCAGGCCUUCCUCAUUACAAAUCGACCAACGAUAAGCUAAUACUUAUAACUGAAUGGUUUCACUCUCAAUUGGGUGUGCGACUCCUCCAUCGCACUGAUGACUACGAAUGUGACUCUUCCACUACACCUGUGAUUGCGUCCCGUCUCACCUCCCUGACCGCUACCUUAAUAGGUUUAUCUAUUCAAUUAGAUUUUUCUUUUCAGUUAGAAAUCGAUUUCGUCCCCUCCCCAGCUCUUCAUCUCUUCACUAAAAUCUCUCUUCAUCUAUCCACUAAAAUCUUCACGAUCUCAAGCAGGGUGUUGCAAUGCUUGAUAUUUCUAAUUAUGGAUGAAGAGUUGAUCAUCAUAGAGAUAUGCGAGCUUCUUGCAUUAGGUGAGCAGAUUGGGAAUGCUGGAUCAGGGUUAUCAGAGGAUUUUAUUUCAGGUGGUUUGCUUUUCAACAUGAUGAUACGUGUAGCCGCAGAAAAUCAACAAGCAUGUGGGAAUAAAAGCUUGUACAAUGACAGGGUUGAGUCUUUUGCAACAGCAGCUGGAGAGGGUCAAGAUAGCAGGGGAUUAAAAAGGUGUAGUAGUAGUAGUGAUGGUGGGAAAAAGAAAGGCAAAAAGGGGAGGCAAAUCGACCCAGCUCUGCUUGGGUUUAAGGUAAGAACAGCAGAUAAAACUAGAAGCCUAAAUGAAAAUUUUGGGGGGUGGAAACUGAAAGAUGUUGCAGUUGAUGCUCAUAUACGUUCCUACUGUUGGUCUGGUGAUCUCAUUAGAUCUUCCUUUUCCUCUGUUGAUGCUCAUAGGGAUUGUGAUCUCACCAAGUGAUAAUUUAAAGAGACUUGGAGUUUUAUUUUGGUUCUCCUUUGUAAGCUAUUUUUAUUUACAGGCCUUGCGUGUAGCUGUGUUUGCUGAUGGAGCAGUUGCAGAAGGCUAGAGCUGCAGAAUUUGAUUUGGUGGCUGGUGAGGAUCUUAUUGAAGGAAUAAAAAAAUGGUAACUUGCACUCUCAUUAACUCAUAUCAUAAUAUUCUAGUCUCACUAUCUUUUAAUUCAUUAGUUAUGAUUCUACCGCUCUCAUCGGGUAGCAUUAACAUAAAAGAAACUGACAAGUGCAUUGAAAUUAAUGAUUUCUUUUUUUUGGAAAACCUACUUGAAGAGUACAAAGCAAAUUUAGAACACUUGACCUUUGAUAUCGGAUUGGUACACUCAGAUGCUGGCCUGGUGGCUUUUGUCUUUCACUGUAAGUGGCAAUGUAGUCUUUAAGUUUUACUCUUUCAAGUCCUUUACAUGUAUAAGGGUUGUUGGAGCUGGUAGACAAAGGCAUAGAUACAAGAAACUAAUCAACAACAGGUCAAGUUGGUCCUUGUGUUGCAUGUCGUUGUCAGGUUUUAAGGAGUGUGAGUCAAUUGUCAGCUGGGACAAGUCAAGUUG